CUCCACUUUUCUUUUUCUCUUCUCUUUCUUUUACUUUUUUUUCUCGAAAAGAUAUAAAAUAUGUCUCAAAAGAUUGCCAUUCUCUCCGUGUAUGACAAGACUGGCUUGUUGGACUUUGCUAAAGAACUUCAUGCUUUGAAUGUUCGUCUUCUCGGAUCAGGUGGUACUGCCAAGUUAGUCCGUAAUGCUGGUAUCCCUAUUGGUGAUGUUUCUGAAAUUACUAAAGCUCCUGAAAUGUUGGGUGGACGUGUCAAGACUUUGCAUCCUGCUGUACAUGGUGGUAUCUUAGCCAGAAACAUUGAAAGUGAUGAAAAGGACCUUGCUGAACAACAUAUUGAUAAGAUUGAUAUUGUUGUUUGUAACUUGUAUCCCUUCAAAGAAACUAUUGCCAAGCCAGAUGUCACUAUUCCUCAAGCUGUUGAAGAAAUUGAUAUUGGUGGUGUUACUUUACUUCGAGCUGCUGCCAAGAAUCAUGCUCGUGUAUCCAUUGUAUCUGAUCCUUCUGAUUAUGCUACUGUGAUUUCUGAAUUGAAGAAUGGUCAAGUUAGUCAAGAAACUCGCAAUACUCUUGCUUUGAAGGCAUUCAAUCAUACCUCUGAUUAUGAUGAAGCCAUUUCUAACUACUUCCGUCAACAAUAUUCUAAGGAUGUUGCAAUGAUGCCUCUUCGUUAUGGUGCUAACCCUCAUCAAAAACCUGCUCAAAUCUACACCAAGGAAGGCAAAUUACCUGUCACUGUUCUUUCUGGUUCUCCUGGUUAUAUCAACUUUUUGGAUGCUUUGAAUGCUUGGGGUUUGGUCAAGGAACUCAAGGAAGCCACUGGUAUUGCUGCUGCAGCUUCUUUCAAGCAUGUAUCUCCUGCUGGUGCUGCUGUCGGUCUUCCUUUGGAUGAUGUUGAUAAGAAGGUCUAUCAAGUGGAUGAUCUUAAAGAACCUUUGACUCCUUUGGCUAAUGCUUAUGCUCGUGCUCGUGGUGCUGAUCGUAUGUCUUCUUUUGGUGAUUUUAUUGCCUUAUCUGAUACUGUUGAUGUGGCUACUGCUCGUAUCAUUUCUCGUGAAGUUUCUGAUGGUGUGAUUGCUCCUGCUUAUGAAGAUGCUGCUCUUGAUAUUUUGAAGAAAAAGAAGGCUGGUAAAUAUUGUGUUUUACAAAUGGAUCCCAACUAUGUUCCUAUGGAUCAAGAAUUACGUCAAGUGUAUGGUUUGUUUUUGGAACAAAAGAGAAACAAUAUCAAGAUUGAACCUUCUUUAUUCUCAAAUAUUGUUACCAAGAAUAAAGACUUACCCAAACAAGCUCUUACUGAUUUGAUUGUUGCUACUAUUGCUCUCAAAUAUACUCAAUCUAAUUCUGUAUGUUAUGCCAAGAAUGGUAUGGUAAUUGGUCUAGGUGCCGGUCAACAAUCUCGUAUUCACUGUACUCGUCUUGCUGGUGACAAGGCUGAUAACUGGUGGUUACGACAUCAUCCCAAGGUACUUGCCUUUGACUUUAACAAGACUGCCAAACGUGCCGACAAAUCCAAUGCUAUUGAUCUUUAUGUUACUAACCAAAUUGGUGAAGGUGAAGAACGUAAAGCUUGGGAAUCUUUCUUCAACACUGUACCCGAACCUCUCACUGCUGAAGAACGCAAGGAAUGGAUGGCCAAGUUCAGUGAUUCUGUUGUUUCUUCUGAUGCUUUCUUCCCCUUCUCUGAUAAUGUCUUCCGUGCUCGUCGAUCUGGUGUUAAGUAUAUUGCUGCUCCUUCUGGUUCUGUUCAAGAUGAUGUUGUGAUUGCUGCUGCUGAUGCUAAUGAUAUGGUGAUGGCUCAUACCAAUUUGCGUCUUUUCCAUCAUUAGUUUUUUUUAUAUAUACAUAUACAUAGUUUUCUUCAUGUUUUAUUUCAAUAAAUCAAAUCAAAUCAGUUUUUAUUAAUGUA